AUGGCUAAACUCCAAGAACAUAACAAUCUUCUCUCGUCUAAAGUGGACGAAACUCAGCAACUGCUCAAUCAGCAGCAAACGCAGAAUAUCCAAACUACUGAAUCUUCCCAGAGUCUGCAGACUCCUAGUUGGCAUAAGAAGGGGAAGAAGGGGAAAAAGACAACGCCUGUACCUUCCAAGCAGUUGGUAGUUCCGGCACCCCGGGACCAGCCGCACAUACCGAAGAAGGUUUACACCGACUGUCGCCAUCGGAUCAAUAAUAGGGAAGCCGAAAGGCAGAGAUCUCCAAUCCGGAUCAAUGCCCGCCUACGGGACUCACGGAUGAAGGUCCUAGGAGACAAAUCACCCAUUUGGAAGGUUCGAGGGUUGGAGUCGGAAGUAGAGUCCGACGACAAGUACGUCCCUUCCAAAACCACCAGAUCGACCUACCAUUCGGCAACUCCCACGCGACUCUCUGAGGCAAGGUCUUUAAGGCCGCAGAGAACUUACGAAGACUAUGGUCCCAAGGAAGCUCCGAGCAAGGACUCCGCUAUCCGUCUACUCUUUUAG